GUCUUUUGACGGAGAAGUCGAACCUCCACACUUCACUCCUGUGUGAUUGUUCUUUGUCAGGUUGUCUGCUUGCGUUGUCUGGUAGUCCGAUCGCCAUCCUAAUCGCUGAAAAUACUGCAAAGAAGACCUUCGUUGGCAUUGUGCUGUUUUGCUGGGACGUUGUUCCGCGGUUGCUAUUUGUUUUCACUUGGCGUUGAAUUAUGAGUUCGGACUACCCAUUCGAAUGGCGUCAGCCUAACUUGCCUUCCAAAUGUACUUGGAAGCCGAACGGGGAGGAAAAGAGCCCUCAUAUCCAUGUUCCGCUCGCGGAGAGACCUAAAAUCCUUCCCAAUGUCCUUAGCAACAUUGGCAAUACGCCACUCGUGCGUCUGCAGAACAUUGAGAAAAGUGAAGGCCUCGAGUGCGAGCUGCUUGCAAAAUGCGAGUUUUUCAACGCUGGUGGUUCCGUGAAGGACCGCAUUGGUCUGAGAAUGGUUGAGGAUGCUGAGAAAGGUGGCCAUCUCAAGCCAGGUGACACUCUGAUUGAGCCGACAUCAGGAAACACAGGUAUUGGCUUGGCCUUGGCUGCUGCUGUGAAAGGCUACCGAUGCAUCAUCGUCAUGCCAGAGAAGAUGAGCAAUGAGAAGGUCAAUGUGCUGCGUGCUCUUGGCGCUGAGAUUGUCCGCACGCCGACUUCCGCAGCAUAUGACUCCAAUGAGUCCCACAUUGGUGUUGCGAAGCGUCUGCAACAGGAGAUCCCCAACUCCCACAUCCUUGAUCAGUACCGCAACCCCAGCAACCCACUCGCUCACUACGAUGGAACUGGUGCUGAAAUUUUCAAGGCAUGCGAAGGCAAACUUGACAUGGUUGUUGUCGGAACCGGUACCGGUGGCACUGCCAGUGGCAUUGGUCGCUUCAUGAAGGAGCAUGCACCAUCUGUGCAGGUUGUCGGUGUUGAUCCAUAUGGCUCCAUCCUUGCUCGUCCCGAGGAGAUGAACAAGACCGAUGUGACAUCGUACCACGUUGAAGGCACCGGCUACGACUUCAUCCCCACCGUUCUUGACCAUUCCGUGAUUGACAGCUGGGCGAAGACCAUGGACAAGGAGACGUUCCAGUGCUCUCGUCGCCUGAUGCGCGAGGAGGGUCUGCUAUGCGGUGGUUCCAGUGGUGCUGCUCUCUCCGUGGCACUGAAGGAGGCCAAGAACCUGAAGAAGGGACAGCGCUGCGUUGUCGUCCUGCCCGACUCUGUCCGCAACUAUAUGACCAAGUUUCUGUCUGAUGACUGGAUGGUCAAUGAGGGUUUCAUCGAGCCCCACACUGACGCAACACCCAAGCCAUGGUGGUUUGACCAGCCCAUCAGCAUGUUGCAGCUCGGAACACCGCUCAGUGUGCUGCCAAGUGUCAAGUGCUGCGACUGCAUCAAAUUCAUGAAUGAGGGUGGAUACGAUCAGAUUCCUGUUGUUAGCGACGACGGCUCUGUGCAAGGCAUGGUCACCCUGGGUAAUCUGAUGGCUAAGAUCUUGAAGGGUACUAUUCAGAAGUCUGACGAGGUGUCCAAGGCACAGUAUGGCCAGUUCAAGCAGCUGGACAUCAGCACCAGUCUGGGAGCGCUGUCACGCAUCCUUGACCAUGACCACUAUGCCAUCAUUGUCCAGCAACAGAAACUUGUUUCUUCGGCGGGCUUGUCAUCCAAGACCACCAUCUUUGGAAUUGUCACCCGCAUUGACCUGUUGAAUUACAUUGUGCAGAACGCUCCCUCCUCGCCCAUGUAGUGAUGUAGUGUCGGUCAACUUGCCCUUACCCUUACCACGAUUGGGUAUGUGUUGUCGCAACGGUUUCUUAUUAUUAUUUUUUAUCCUGUUUGUGUAUAUCAAACACAUUUUUAACUCCUUUAGGCAUAUAAAAGAAUGCAAACACAACGUACUGAAGUUUUCAACCCUAGGUAUACAGAACAACCAAAUCCUUGACCUGCUCGCAUGUGAAAGGACCCGUUUCUAUUGUGCUCUUUUCUCUAGACACGUAUUAGGAAGUGUCCAUGAUUGAAAAUCCGGCAUUUACAUCGUUUAAUCGCUACACCAGGCAUAUUACACUGUGUGCACUGCCGGUGUGAAUGUCGCAAUAUAGCAUUACUAGUGGUGUGUAGAACCUGAUUCUUCUUCUAUUCCACGCCAUGAAUUUAUGUUGGAAAUUUGCCCUCAGGCUCAGAUUGCUUUGCUCUUUUUGAGCUUCAUCAUAAUUGUGUCAUUAUUAUUUCCGCGUCCGGUGUACACCUUUCUGUAAGAUUGAUACCCUUCAAUUUUUCAUGAUACAGUACGCGACAAAACAUGUCUUAACCACAUUCCAAGAUAUCAAUUCCAGGUAUGCACCUGUUUCAAUUGAAAGAGCAUUUCCUCGAUUACA